AUGCCUGCCCUCCGACCAGCGAUUGCGGCUCUCCGAAGCUUGCAGCGCACUCAAUGCCGCCGAUAUUCGCUCGCAGCGUCGCCAGCUACUCCCCAAACUUCUCCAUUUGCGCCUCGACACUUGAUGUCAAUCGCAGAUCUCACACCCGCUGAGCUCACCACACUCGUCCGGAAUGCCGAAAACCACAAGACUUCAAUCAAGUCAGGGACCGGCGAGAUUCCACUUUCGAUGCGCGGGGCAUUGGCGGGGAGGACAGUGGCCAUGACAUUCAGCAAGAGGAGCACCCGCACACGAGUAUCAACAGAAGGCGCAAUUGCAGCAUUCGGAGGCUCUCCCAUGUUCUUGGGCAAGGACGACAUCCAAUUGGGCGUGAAUGAAUCGCUCUACGACACAUCUCUCGUGCUCUCUAGCAUGACAGCUGCCAUUGUCGCCCGUGUCGGUCCCCACUCGGACGUCGCAGACCUCGCCAAACACUCUUCAGUGCCCGUCAUCAACGCCCUGUCCGACCUCUACCACCCUCUCCAAACCAUCGCCGACUUCCAAACAAUCUCCGAGAUCCACCCGUCCACCUCUACGACAUCACUGGGUCUCGAGGGUCUCAAGAUUGCAUGGGUAGGCGAUGCAAACAAUGUGCUGUACGAUCUUGCCAUUGGUGCUAUGAAGCUGGGAGUUGACAUCUCCGUUGCCACACCCGCGGGUUACGAGAUCCCCAAGGAGAUGAAGACAGUGAUUGAGCAUGCUGCAAGCACCUCACCUCGCGCCGGAAAGUUCAUCGAGACCAGGGUACCAGAAGACGCCAUCAAAAACGCAGACAUCCUCGUCACAGACACCUGGGUAUCUAUGGGCCAAGAAGAGGAAACUGCGAAGAGGUUAAAGGCAUUUGAGGGCUUCCAGAUCACAUCCGAGCUUGCGAAGCGUGGAGGUGCAAAGGAGAGCUGGUCAUUUAUGCACUGCUUGCCUCGUCACCCAGAAGAGGUCAGUGAUGAGGUAUUCUACGGCCCCAGGUCCGUCGUCUUCCAGGAGGCAGAGAACAGGCUGUGGGCAGCCAUCUCAGCGCUAGAAGCGUUUGUUGUGAACAAGGGCAAGAUCCACGUCUCGAGUCACUACGCCGUCUUCUUCAGAGAGCACGGAGCACGACGCGAUGACGGGUACGAAUUCCUGCGCGAAUCGGAUUUUGCGCUGCAGCCCGGCCCAGACUUGUGCGUGGGUGAGGACGGGGGUGGUGGAGAGGGGGUUGAUGGGCGCGGUGUAGGCGAGGUGGAGGGUAACCAUUUUGCGGGCUGA